GCCAGUCUGGGGAGCGGGGGGGAACCGGCCGGCUCCCGGCCCCCUUGCUUCUAUCCUGGGGCCACCAUGUGCGCCUCUGCCUGCCUGCGAGGGAGAGGGAGAAAGAGGGCGAGAGAGAGGGGAGCCUGCAACUUCUCCCAUUGGCAGGGCCCGGGCAGCUCCUCCCCUUUCCCUUGCCUGCUGCUCUUUUAUAAACCUGGUGCCGCUUUCGAUCUCCCAGUCCUGCAGAUGCACCCCGUGGGCCCUCCUGCACAGAGGCCUCCCGGCUGUCCCUCUGCCUUGCAAGCCCGGGGUUCCCCCUGCUUCCGCCCCUCGCGCAAGCUCCAGGCUCUCCUCCCGCCCGCCCUCCCUCAGGCUAUGGAGCUGGGCUGGGCGUGCAGCUCCCUGCUGUGGCUGCUUUUCCUCUCCAGCCUGGCCGUCAAACUCCUGCGCGCUGACCUGUUGCUGACCCCCGGCCUGCUGCUCCAGGUGGGGCUCCUGGUCCUGCUGCAGGGCGUCAGCCGAGCCUUCCUGCCCCUGCCGCUGGGCACAGCUCUCACGGGCACCGCCUGCUGGCUUGUCUUGGCAGGGGCCACACAGAGGAAGAGGAUCCCUGCGGUGGGGAGAGCCGUUCUCAUCACAGGAUGUGACACUGGCUUUGGAAAGGUGGCUGCUCAUCACUUAGACACCUUGGGACUGACCGUCUAUGCUAGUGUCCUGGAUCUGAAGAGUCCUGGCGCAGAGGAGCUUCGGCAGAGCUGCUCGUCGCGCCUGACCCUGCUGGAAAUGGACCUGACCAAAGCUGAGGACAUCCAGAGAGUCUUGCAGUUCAUCAAGGCUCAGACAGUGAGGACAGGGCUCUGGGGCCUGGUGAACAACGCCGGCAUCAACACCACCCUUGCGGAUGCGGAGCUGACGCCUCUCCACGACUUCCGCAGCUGCAUGGAGGUGAACUUCUUUGGCACUUUGGAGCUGACCCAGGGGCUGCUGCCUUUGCUGCGCUCCUCACAAGGAAGGAUCAUCACCAUCAGCAGUCCAGCAGGUAACAUGCCGUUCCCCUGUUUAUCUGGCUACGGGGCAUCCAAAGCUGCUCUCAGCCUGGUCAUGGACACUCUGCAGUAUGAACUUGCACCCUGGGGGAUCCAAGUGAGCGUCAUCCUCCCAGGGUAUUUCAAAACUGAUGGUUCUUGUAAUCAUGCUUAUUGGAAAGAAAGGAAGGCUCAGCUGCUGGCAGCUCUGUCCCCUGAACUCCUGGAAGCCUAUGGAGAAGAAUACCUGGAAGACAUCAACAGGCAGUUUCUUGCUUCCAUGAAGUUUGCUGUGGAGGACCUCAGCUCAGUCGUGGAGAGCAUCGUGGACGGCCUCCUGUCUACCAGGCCUCUGGUGAAAUACUACCCGGGGAGAGGCCUGGGCCCCAUGUACUUCAUCCACCACUACCUGCCCCACACCGUCCGCAACCUCUUCCUCAAAGCCUUCUUCAUCAACCCAAAGUUGCCCAGAGGGCGCCAGCCAAAGCCUUGCAACAGCCCCCGGAAACAGUGAAGGGCAGCUUGGCAGAGAAAGCACCUGGGAAAGACUUCAGGGCCCAGAGUAGCUGCUUAAGGUGUUUCUACUGAAAAUGCACCAGCUCAUUUGUGUCAGUGCAGGGAGAGGACAAGCUGUGGCCAUUGCUGCUACCCAGCCAUUAAUGUCUUUUUCCUAAGUGAGCAUUAAAAUUAUAGGAAGAUGGUGGGAUUGGGACCCAUUCGCUUCAAUGAACAGAGUGCUGGAAAAGCCCUACUGAGACCAAUGAUUGUUGCAUUUGGGGAAGGGGGGAGCUACCAGUGGCAAGUGAACCCCUCUCCCCCCCCCAAUUCCUGGCUGGCUUUUCUCUCCCUCUUUGUGCCAAAGGAGAUGGCUGCUGCUGCUAACUGAUAGUGAAAGGGCUUCACUAUACCUCAGCUUUGUGAUAUACCUCUCUGUAAACUUCAGCUGAGCCAAUGCCAUGUCUCCUCACUGUGCUGUGUCUUCUUCACUGCAAAUAGCCAAAGGCCUUUCCAGCUUCUCAGUCUGUAUGUAGCACCCCCACCCCCGGCACAAGCAUGGUAAUAUUCAUUAACGAUAGUCACCACAGCAAUCAUGAUCAAAAUCAAAGUAUUAUAAUUAAGAAUCUAUAUCAGCCAUAAUUGGUACCUAUUUGAAUCACUCAGUGCAAUCAAUAAAGUAUUUUUUGAUAUUAAAAAAAUGCACACCUAGUUUCUUAGCAGCUCUGGAAACAGUAGCCACAGAGUAAAUAAUACAAAACUGAUUAUCAAUUAAUAGCUUAAUUUUAUCCAAAAUUAAUAGCUUGUGUUUUAUCCAAAUACUGAGGCAGCAUAUGUUAACAAGGUUUUACUCCCUUGGCUCCACAUAUAAUGGGCAAAAAAUAAUGAGUUGUAAUUUUAGAUUGCCUGCAUCCAAAAAAAACCCACCCCACCCCAGUUUUCAUUGAUUUCAUUUAUUCUGCUCCACAGUCUCAGGUGUAAAGCAGAUCAGUUCACAUACAUACACACACAGAGUGGUACCACGGAAGUCAAAUGGAGUCCAUUCCAGAAGUCCAUUUGACUUCCAAAAUGUUCGAAACCCAAGGUGUGGCUUCCGAUUGGCUGAAGGAAGCUCCUGCAGCCAAUUAGAAGCUGUGUUGGACAUUCGGGUUCCAAAGAACAUUCGCAAACCAGAACAUUCACUUCUGGGUUUGCGGCGUUUGGGAGCCAAAACGUUCAAGUCGCAAGGUGUUUGUCAACCAAGGUACGACUGUAUCCCAAGAUUUCCAAGUCUGAUUUUACUCUACAGAAUUUUAGCCCUACAGAAUAAUAGGGCUAAUAAGUCUCUACAGAGGGCAACUUCCAGGCACUUAGAAGGCCCACCAGCUGACCUCAUUUGCAACCAAAGAAUUUUAGGAGCUGACAAUUUGUCAUAGUAACUUAUAUUUUAAUAGCUGCUAGUUCUCAUUUCCAAGAACUUUUGUCAAUACCUCUAUAGAUUGGGCCAUUUAUAUUUCUGGGAUCUGUGACCAAAAACUAAUCUUAAAGGUGAACAAUUAAUGCCUAACUGCUCCAUCCUAAAAAAGAACCAAAUAUAAGCAACAUUAAAGCACAGCUUGUUUAAGAAGAGUAAUUCAAGGUUGUUUGGUCUAGAGCAAGAUGAACACCUUCCAUUCCACCAACGCAGGGAGGAAAAAAGAGGUGGCAUGCCUGCAACAAUGUUGCUUACAUAAAAACAAAAAUUGGGCCAACUUGAAACCCUGUUUGACUGUGUCUGAAUAAGGGUUCAGGCCGAACCCCAUUUACCUGAGAGUAAGCCCCACUGAAUUCAAUAGGCCUUACUUCUGAGUAGACAUGACUAGGAUUGCCACCUUACUUGUGUCAAGAUCCCAUAAUGGCCAGCCCUUACUUUUGUUGUAAUAUUAUAGUGUAAUAAUAGCUGCAUAUGAGCCAAAGAAAUAUUUUGCUAAUAUUAGCUGUAGCCAAAUUGCACCAUAGCCAGAUCGAAGGUGAAGGUAAAACCUAUGAAGGAUGAAAAUAACUGCUUAUUUGGACCCUUGAGAUAAUGGGAGAUUAAAUGGUGUAAUUUGUAGCCUGGUAAGGGUUCAAAGUAUGUAGAACAGCAUGUAUGUACAAAGGGGCUUCUCUACAUGUGUUCAACUGAAGGGGCUUGGAGCCUCUGCUCAGCUGGGGGCCAUGUGAGAAGGCUGAAGGGGCCUGUGGCUGGAACUGCUUGCAGCAGCAUCCAAGUAUUCAUCAGUAGUCACUGGUGUCUGCUCAUUUGGAACAUCAACCUUAAACGUUUGGGGACAAGAGGGGGAAUCGCCCAAUUUCACAAACAUGUUGCGUAUUUGUGCAAAUGAAUGCAACACAUUAUAGAACGCUGCUUGUGUGGGUCUUGUUAGUACCUCUCAUUCCUGCGGCUGACCUCAAGGAUGCUGGGUGUUUUCUUUUCUUGCUGCUGCAGCAAACCUGCUGUUCUUCUGUCCUCCAAGCCUCAUCGCCAUGCAGGAACUGAGCCAAAAAAGGCCUCCCCAAAGGGGGCCUCUCCUUGCCUCCAGAAGAGGGCAGGGACUCCCAGGCAGAUGGCCUACAAAUCUUGUCACGAAGAACAAGGUCACGAUUGUCACUUGGAAAUAAAUUAAAAUGGUUACUUCAUA